CCGUCCCUUCGCACAUGCGCAGAAGACUUCGCAACGACAACUUCCUGCAAAAUAGUGCUCCCUAACAACAGACAAAGCUUCAUAUGGUGGAUUCAGCUGAAGACGCUUAAAUAAAAGUGUUCCUCCAUCACUCUUUCAAUGCAGGGUCCCGCCGGGCUCUGCCGGUACAUAGAGUAGGCUGAGCGUGCAGACAUGUCGGGUCGCUCCGCCGCAGAGAUGGAUGACUCGCAGGAGCUGCCGGCAAAGAAAGCCAAGAUUGACAUCGACAGUGGACCGAAGAAAGAGCCGGGUAAUCUGGGUGAUGAUGGGAGCCCAGCUGCUGUUUUAGGUUCAUCAGAGCAGGAUAGCUCCUACGCUGCGCUGUCAACCACCCAAAUUGAUCCAGGUGAACAGGAGCAGUCCAGCGCAGACCGGGGGCCUGCGUCCCAACCAUGUGCCGACUCAAUUAACUCAUACGGUCAUUCUGCCUCCGACGCCACAGUCACGUCUGAAUACACCCAACAGGUUUAUCAGGGAAGCACCCCAGCAGUAACGUCAUACACCGGUCAGGUGGCGUUUCCCCCUCUGGGCCAGUCCACUGUGUACUCAUCCUUCCCCCAGACAGGCCAGACCUACGGCCUCCCACCUUUUGGUGCUAUGUGGCCAGGCAUAAAAACAGAGACAGGGCUGCCUGAUGCACCCUCUGGUGGCCAGUCUGGGUUUCUCAGCUUCAGCUCCACAUAUACCUCAACCCAGCCAGGCCAGCUGCACUACUCAUACCCCAGCCAAGGCUCAAGCUUCACAACAUCCAGUGUGUACUCCAACAUCCCUUCAGCUACAGCCGCAACUACAACCUCCUCAGCAGUGGCCCAUCAGGAUUUUAGCAGCUAUAACUCUCUGGGACAGAGUCAGUUCUCUCAGUACUACACUCUUCCUUCCAGCUACGUGCCCGCUGGGCUUCCCAGCAGCGAUGAGCACAGCGGUGGUGUGGGGGUAGCCGGAUAUUCAGCGGUGAAAUCGGAGGAGGCUGCAUCAGCUGGACUGCCUCCCAGAGAUGCGUCCCCAGCAGAAAACCUGCCCGUAGGCGCGGCUCUGCCCACAAAUGUGGCAGUCCCUGCUGGAGCUCGAGACCAGGACGAGGUUGGCCGCAGAAACUCGGUGGGCAAAUCCAAAGGGAAGGGCAAGAAGUCUGACAACUCUGUGCCUCCUGACACUGACCUGGAGCGCAUUUUUUUAUGGGAUUUGGAUGAAACCAUCAUUAUAUUCCACUCAUUGCUCACCGGCUCUUACGCACAGAAGUUUGGCAAGGACCCAGCGACUGUGCUGAACUUGGGCUUACAGAUGGAGGAGCUGAUCUUUGAGCUGGCAGACACCCACCUUUUCUUCAACGACCUGGAGGAGUGUGAUCAAGUCCAUGUUGAGGAUGUGGCCUCUGAUGACAAUGGACAGGACCUGAGCAACUACAACUUCAUGGCAGACGGCUUUAAUGGCCCCAGCAGCGGAGGUGCAUCGGGAGCCACCACGGGAGUCCAGGGGGGGGUGGAGUGGAUGCGCAAACUGGCCUUUCGCUACCGCCGGCUAAAAGAGAUCUAUAACAGCUACAAGGGAAAUGUUGGGGGCCUGCUGAGUCCCAUGAAGAGGGAGCUGCUUUUAAGGCUUCGGUCCGAGAUCGAGAACGUUACCGACGCCUGGCUGAGCACGGCACUGAAGUCUCUGCUGCUCAUCCAGUCCAGGGGGAAGUGUAUGAACGUGUUGGUCACCACGACUCAGCUGGUUCCAGCUCUGGCCAGAGUGUUGCUCUACGGCCUGGGAGAGGUCUUCCCCAUCGAGAACAUCUACAGUGCCACAAAAAUAGGGAAAGAGAGCUGCUUCGAGAGGAUCAUCUCUCGCUUCGGGAAAAAAGUGACGUAUGUGGUGAUAGGCGACGGUCGAGAUGAGGAGUUUGCAGCGAAACAGCACAACAUGCCUUUCUGGCGGAUCUCCAAUCACGGCGACCUCGUGUCCCUUCACCAAGCGCUGGAGCUGGACUUCUUGUAAUGAGGAUGCGGCUGAUUUAUUGCACACUAAAAGGGAAAUUGUCGUCGUCAUGUCGGUGACUUGUGGAGUGAAACUGUGUGCGUGCCCAACAAUACACACUCACCUGUUAGAAAUCUGCUCUAACUGUGUGAGCACUCGUGACUCGCUGUGUGAUGGUAAACGUAUUGAGGCGGGCUUUGGGGCGGAGCUGCCUGUGAGAAACAAACUGGACGCUUCAGUGGGCAGAGGCCCCCCCCUCGCCCGGCACUCCCUCCUCUACGGCAGCUAAGCUCACCGCGGCUGAAACUGGCACUGAUUUGGACACAGAAGGGACGACAUGAUUAUCAGUUUCUUCGCGGUUUUUGGCUUUCAUUUUCACUUAAGCAUCAAACUGUCCUGCAGUAACAUCAUCUCUCUCUCUGAGUUUAAACAGCUUAAAAGCCGCUGUUGUUGUUUGUCAGCGGCUUUCUCUUUGAGCUUUAUUUUGAAAAAUCUGUUUCUGGGGUGACUUGAAAGCAUCAUUUUGUUUUGUUUUAGUUCCUGACAGUCAUCAUCAAGCAUCAAAUAAUCCCACUUUUAUUUGUUCCUCAUUGCCUCUCAUGUAGUCCAUUAUUAAACUAAAGGUACUCAGUGAGGCUAAAAAAAAUUAAUGUGUCACAACAUCACGAUCUGACCAAACCAGCCAUCGGUCAACACCGUCAGGUCUGACCUCUCCACUGUGUUACAGCAGGUUCGGUCACUGACCGUGUGCCGAGGAUCAGACACGCUAACUGAAAGACACAAUACAGGAAGUGGUGGAAGCGUGGGAAAACAGUGCACUGAGCAUGCUCAUAAAUACACGGAGUAGAAGGGUCACUUUUUUUUUUUUUUAUUUCCCCUGUGUGGGAUCUUCAGACUCGAGACUUAAGUUGAUGUUUUAUCAGGUGAGAACUAUAAAUGGUAACAUAACACUGACAAAGUCACAAAAGUAAUAUCUCAGUAAUAUAAAAGUAAUAUCCUCCAAUAACGCUCCAGGACUGAAAGUUAGACUUUCCUAAUAUUUGGUAUGAUUUUCUCUGGACUACGUAUGCAGACAAACUCCACAUGAGGCUUAAAUAUCUGCAGCCGGUGUGGUUCUCCUUUCCUGCUCCUCAUGUAGAAAAAGCUUCUCUAAAAACCUCGUUGGCUGAUGUGAGUGAGGUCACUGAGCUGAAAACGCUUUUUCCUGGCUGAUGAUGUUUUCGGGCUCGUACGUUUUUUUUUUUUUUUGUUUGUUUUGGGUUGUUGUGUUUGGGCAGCGAUAAUCAGCACUCUCUGUGUCGGGCUCCUCAGAGCGCACUCCCAAAGUGUCCUUGAAAUCCCACAGAGGGGUUGGAGUGACACGAAAUCAUGACGCGAACGUCCGCAGCGUCGUACUGGCUGUACCGUGUUCCUGCACUGUGAUCUGAAGCUGUUAAUGCCCGUUAAAGAAUGCUGGUCUGGUCUUUUAAAGCUCCUUCAGGUACAAGUGAACUGGAAUAUUUCAGAUUAAUGGGAGUUCAUCUUUUCUUCAUAAGCUAGUCUCCAACUCCCCCGUCUUUCUAAAGAAAAACUUACAAACCCGACUUUUGGAAAAAUGUUAAACUCCUAAAGGUCAUGUAGCAUUUUUUUUUAAAUUUCUGAAGUGACCGUGGACAACUUGACCCUGCUAACAUAACCUGAUCCAUGCUUUCUGAUGAUUAGGAAAAUACGAGCACCCACGACGGGAUUACUGAACGGGCCCAGCGGGCACAGAUUUCAGAGGAAAGCAUAAAAUACUCGGGUGGUGUUUUUAGUUGUUGGGUUGUUGAUUUUCUUUCUUUUUGUUUAAAAGUAUUUUUUCAUUGUUUUAGCAAAAUGCCAGAAAACUUACAGCUGAGUAUUUUUGGCUUUUGGUGAAAAACAAGCAUUUUACAGAUAAAGUUAUAUUGAAUUUAUUAAUUAAGAGUAAAAUAAUUGGUUGCAGUCUUAUUUCUGUGUAUGAAAAGGCAGUAAAAUGCAAAUAUUAUUAUAAUAAAGCAAAAAGAAAACAAACUGCUUUCCAAACCACCUCAGAUCCUUCAUCAUCACUCAGCCACAGCACAGCCCACACUCCUGCUCAGUCAUAUUGGAGGGAAUCACAAACAAAGGAUGCAGUGCAAUAAACUUCUACUUUGCUCGUCGACUGUAUUUCAGAGGGUUUUUCUUUUUGUUCUGUAAUCGGCACCGAGCGCAGAGCGGUCGACCUUCCCGGUCUGAACGAGAUUAAGACUGAACAAUAACUGAGCCUGAAGAAGAUUUUCACACACAUGCAGCUUGACCGUUACGAAUGUGUAUUUCUGUGUAGUUUUGUGUCCUGCGUGACUGUGUGCAUAUUUAUAUUGUGCCUUUAUCCAUUAUCUUUCUGCUUAAUCUCAAAGGGAAAUCUCUCUUUAUGUUUGAUACAUGUAUCUCUGUUAUUAUCCAAAGUGUUAUUUUACUGUGUUUUAAUCUUUUUUAAAGUGCUGUCAGGAUUUUCUUUUCUUACUGACUUUUGUGACUUGAUGCUUCUGUCUGCACUGCGACUGAAAGCUCGACAUGCACAGCGGCUCAAUGUUUAAGGAACGCUUCGAUCGUGGGAUUAAGAUGGAAGUUUGGAGUGAGGAUAUUUCCGAUUUUUCUCAAAAAUCAGACGUUUUCCUCCUUUUGAAGAGGAGAUUUUUUUUUUCCUUUGCUGUGAAACAUUUAGUGUCGCUUAGACAAUCAUAAUCAUGAUGUUGGUGUCUUUUAUCGCAGGUCAGAAGGUGAAAGCAGCUUUAACAAAGCGCGCUUGUUCUGUCGUUCAGUUCCUUCCUGAAUGAAUCCGAGGAAAAACGAGAAAACUGAGACUUUUGCAUCUGUUCAGCUUCUUGAAUGUUGAUUUCUUUCCUUUGUCUGCAUGUUGUGUCUGUUUGGAAGUUUAUAUCAUGGCUGUACAUAAAGACCAUGAAACGUUUAAGGGACUAUAAUCUUAAUUCUUUUCUUUUCCAUGCCAAAUAUUGCCAUUACUCAAAACUCUGUUGAUUUUAUGCAUUUCAUCUCAUUUUCAGUCACGUGAGGCUGUUUGGGGUCACAUAGAGACGCUCAUAAUAAUCAAUGCUAAUUAUUUAAUGACAGUAAUCACUAUUUCCUCCCAGCUGCCCUGUGAGGUUUUCCUGUGUAAG